AUGGCACCUAGACAAGUACCAAAGUCAAGGAAAGCUGGGUCUAGCAAGUUAAAGCCUGCUGGUUCUCCUGCCUCUUCAACAACCUCGUCCUCAAAACCUUAUCCAGAGACAUCUGUGGAUAGCCAUAACUCCCCUACUUCUUCAUCUGCUCGAAGCAAGCCUCACUUACACAAUACAGGGAGGGUAUCAUUGCAUACUGCUUCGCAGUCCAAAGAAAAUGUCACUGUGACAGUUCGUUUUCGUCCACUCAGUCCAAGAGAAAUCCGCCAAGGGGAGGAGAUUGCAUGGUAUGCAGAUGGGGAAACAAUUGUGCGGAAUGAGCAUAAUCAGUCAAUAGCUUAUGCCUAUGAUCGUGUUUUUGGGCCUACAACGACAACACGCCAUGUCUAUGAUGUUGCUGCUCAGCAUGUCGUUAAAGGUGCUAUGGAGGGGACCAAUGGGACCAUUUUUGCAUACGGAGUGACAAGCAGUGGAAAAACUCACACCAUGCAUGGUGACCAAAGAUCUCCUGGUAUCAUACCAUUAGCCGUGAAAGAUGCUUUCAGCAUUAUACAAGAGACACCAAGGCGAGAAUUUCUCCUACGUGUUUCCUACUUAGAAAUUUAUAAUGAGGUUGUCAAUGAUUUACUGAACCCAGUAGGACAAAAUUUGAGGAUAAGAGAAGAUGAGCAGGGAACCUUUAUUGAAGGGAUUAAAGAAGAAGUUGUGUUAUCCCCUGCUCAUGCGCUUUCUCUUAUAGCAGCUGGAGAAGAGCACCGACAUAUUGGAUCCACAUGUUUUAAUUUGCUCAGCAGCCGGAGCCAUACAAUGUUUACCCUGACCAUAGAGAGUAGUCCCUUGGGUGACAAUAAUGAAGGUGCUGCUAUACACCUCUCGCAGCUGAACCUCAUUGACCUGGCAGGUUCCGAGAGCUCAAAGGCUGGAACCAGUGGUUUAAGGCGCAAGGAAGGGUCUUAUAUAAAUAAAAGUUUGCUGACUUUAGGGACUGUAAUAUCAAAGCUUACAGAUAAGAAGGCUAGUCACGUACCAUACAGGGACUCUAAAUUAACCAGGCUGCUGCAGUCCUCAUUGAGUGGUCAUGGACGUGUAUCUCUCAUAUGUACAUUGACACCUGCAUCAAGUAACUCCGAAGAAACACAUAACACAUUGAAAUUUGCCCAUCGUGCAAAGCAUAUCGAGAUUCAAGCCGCGCAGAACAAGAUAAUUGAUGAGAAAUCACUAAUCAAGAAGUACCAACAUGAGAUUCUCCAACUCAAGGAGGAGUUGGAACAGCUUAGGAAAGGAAUUAAACCAGUUUCUCAGCUAAAGGGUAUUAGUGAAGAUGAUAUUGUUCUCCUGAAACAGAAACUAGAAGAAGAGGAAGAUGCUAAAGCAGCUCUCUUGGGUCGAAUCCAACGGCUGACAAAAUUAAUUCUCGUGUCUAGUAAAACUCCACAAACAUCACGGGUUUCUUAUCGUGUUGAUCCUCGGAGGCGACACUCAUUUGGAGAAGAAGAGCUUGCUUACCUACCAUACAAGAGGCGGGACUUGAUGGAUGAUGAGAACCUUGAAUUUUAUGUUUCUCGUGAAGGCAAUACUGAGAUUAUGGAUGAUGCAUUUAAAGAAGAAAAGAAGACCAGGAAGCAUGGACUGUUGAAUUGGUUGAAAAUUAAGAAAAAAGACAACAGUUUGGGGGAAUCUAGCAUCAGCGACAAAUCGAGUGCGGUCAAGUCCAACAGUACACCGUCAACUCCUCAAGGGGAAGGCGGUAAUUCUCAUUCAGAAUCAAGACAUUCAGAUGGCUCACCAUUGAAGAAUAAACUCUUAGAGCCUACGGAAGAUAAAGAAGCUCACAGAGACAGUUUUCAUGAGGCAGAGACACCUGAGACUAGAAUAAAAAUGAUCGACCAGAUGGAAAUACUGAGGGAACAGCAAAAGAUUUUAACUGAGGAGAUGGCACUACAAUCAAAGUCUAUUAAACGGUUGUCAGAAGAGGCUGCCAAAGCCCCUCAAAAUGAAGAAAUUAAAGCGGAGAUUAAAAUCCUCAAUGGCGACAUCAAAGCAAAGAACGAUCAGAUUGCUACGUUGGGAAAACAAAUUUUGGAUUUUGUUAUGGAAUCACAUGAUGCAUUGGAGAAAUCUGAUAUCGUGCAGGCUGUUUCUGAAAUGAGGGCUCAACUAAAUGAGAAAUGUUUUGAACUCGAGGUUAAGGCUGCAGAUAAUCGCAUCAUUCAGGAACAACUCAACGAAAAGACAUGUGUAUGUGAAGCGUUGCAAGAAGAGGUUGCAAACCUAAAGCAGCAGCUCUCUGACGCCUUGGAACUGGGAGAUAUCAGCUCGGUCAAAAGUCACUUGCAACAAUCGUCUGAAACCGCAAACAAAAAUGAGGAAAAAGUCAUUCAAGCGCAGGCAUUUGAGAUUGAGAAGCUUAAGCUGAAAGCUGCAGAUCUAAGUGACUUGGCGGAACAACUAGAAAUCCAAAAUAAGAAACUUGCUGAAGAGAGUUCAUAUGCGAAAGGGCUUGCUUCAGCGGCUGCUGUUGAGCUGAAGGCAUUGUCUGAGGAAGUUGCAAGACUUAUGAAUCAGAAUGAGAGGCUAGCAGCUGAUCUGGCAGGAUCGCAUAAGAGCUCCGUUACACCACGAGGCAAGACAGGAAACCUGAGGAAUGGAAGGAAAGAGAGUCUUACGAAGCGGAAAGAGCAAGACAGCUUGUCGUUGGAAUUGAAGAGAGAACUUAACAUGGCCAAGGAACGUGGAAUUUCGUUUGAAGCUGCUUUAGUUGAGAAAGUUCAAAAAGAAGCGGAGCUACAAAGAACAGUAGAAGAGUCAAAACAAAGAGAAGCAUAUCUAGAGAAUGAACUUGCUAAUAUGUGGGUUCUUGUUGCCAAGUUGAGGAAAUCUCAAGGAGCUACUUUAGAUAUAUCUGACUCAAUAUCAGACAUCGAUCAUCUUGGGACUUAA